AUGUUUUCUGGUUCUAUGGAAGCUAGCCCUUCCGUGCCUCGAGGUAUUAGAGAGAAGCGAUGUGAAUGGGCAUUCAAAUACGAGUUGUCAUUAAAAAUCUUGGAUGCUCUUCAAGAAAAUAUGCUCAACCAACUCAUUGGACAAUCAGGAAGUGUAUGGCCUCCCAGCCAGUGGCUUGCAUAUCGCUAUUCCCCAAAAACUUCUGUACCUAUACGGAUGGCAGUGCCAGCUGGUGAACUUGUGCUUCUGGCUGUAGCAUUGAACAGAUAA